AUGAACGAGACCGGAUUUCAAACUCUUGCUCCGGAGACAUGUGAGCAGCAAAUGAUGUUGGAGGACAACAGUGGGAACUGUAGCGCGACUUCCACCGGGAAUCUGUCACUGCACUGCUGGCUGCAGCUGCUCACCAGGGAAUCGAGCUCCGAAUUCCAAGGAGACAGCUCCAGCCUUGUGGUGCGUGUGAUGAUCGCGUGCGUCUACUCUGUUGUCUGUGCGCUGGGGCUGGUUGGGAAUGUGCUGGCACUGUAUCUGCUGCACUCGCGUUACAGGCAGAAGCAAUCGUCCAUCAACUGCUUCGUGAUGGGGCUGGCGAUCACCGAUCUGCAGUUUGUCCUGACUCUACCCUUCUGGGCGGUGGACACGGUCCUGGACUUCCGUUGGCCGUUUGGCCGAGUCAUGUGCAAAAUCAUCAGCUCCGUGACCACCAUGAAUAUGUACGCCAGCGUUUUCUUCCUCACGGCCAUGAGUGUGGCACGUUACUAUUCAAUCUCGUCCGCGCUCAAGAUGCACAGCAGGAGGGCGGCGGCCACCCGGGCCAAGUGGACCAGCCUGGGCAUCUGGGCCGUGUCUCUGCUGGUCACGCUGCCUCACGCCAUGUACUCCACCACCGCCCAGGUGUCGGAUGAGGAGCUUUGCCUGGUGCGCUUCCCGGACACAGCCAACUGGGACCCGCAGCUUCUUUUGGGCUUGUACCAUCUGCAGAAAGUCCUGUUGGGCUUCCUUAUCCCUCUGAUCAUCAUUACCGUCUGCUACCUACUUCUUCUGCGCCUCGUCCUCAGCCGACGGAUUUCAGGCGCCGCCGGCCCGGAGGUGGAGCAAGGCCGCCAAAACCGCCGUUCCAAAGUCACCAAAUCCAUCGUGAUUGUGGUUCUGUCCUUCUUUCUGUGCUGGCUUCCCAAUCAGGCGCUGACACUGUGGGGGGUUCUCAUCAAGUUUGACAUGGUGCCCUUCAGCAAGGCAUUCUACAACGCGCAAGCCUACGCAUUCCCGUUGACCGUGUGCCUGGCACACACCAACAGUUGCCUCAAUCCAGUGCUCUACUGCUUGAUCCGCCGCGAGUUCCGGGCGGGUCUCAAGGAGAUUGUCCUCCACACCACACCGUCCUUCAGGGGUUUGACUCAUCUGCUGCGGCGCAAAGGCAAAGUGGCAGAGGCGCCACCCGUCAUGGUGCUGGUCCAAAUGGAUGUGUGAGCUGAGGACAGAUGGAUGGAUAGAUGGCUUAAAGACAGUUUUCCAAGUUGAUGA